CGGCCUGUAUCGACGUGUUGCUGCACCCCGUACCUGGCGUACGUCUCAUCCGUCCACCUAUCUACCUACCUGACGUCUCACUCGUCUCGCUGUUAAUCUACUCGGACGCAACCUCGCCAUUCGGGAUCAUCGGUCUGCGCACAGUAGGCCUCUCUUGAUUCGCGCGAACGACCGCAUUUCCAACCUUACGCGAGCGGUACCCGGCAAUCCGCGGACAUACCUAUCACACGCGGCCCCCGCUCGCUUCCCCCCUCCCCCCCCCCUUCCCACAGGGCGACAGGACGGACAGAGACCAUGGCGCCGAAGGCGAUAAUAGCACCGUCGAUCUUGUCGGCAGACUUCGCCCAGCUGGGCGCCGACUGCGCGAGGACCAUGGACCAGGGUGCCGACUGGCUUCACGUAGAUAUCAUGGACGGCCACUUCGUACCCAACAUCACCUUCGGCGCGCCGGUGGUAGCCAAGAUCCGGCCGCACGUCGACAGACCCGACGCGAAGUACGGGCGCGGGACGUUCGACUGCCAUAUGAUGAUCGCCGAGCCGAAGAAGUGGGUGAAGGAGUUCAAGAAGGCGGGCUGCGACUUGUACUGCUUCCAUUACGAGGCCGCCUUCUCGAGCGCGGCCGAGAGCCCCGAGGCCAAGACGGACGCCCGCACAAGUCCCAAGGAGCUGAUACGCUACAUACACGACAAUGGCCUACUGGCCGGCAUCGCGCUGAAACCCGCCACCGGGGUCGAGGUCUUGACGGAGAUUCUCGAAAACCCCAAUCCCAAUGAGCGGCCGGAUAUGGUCUUGAUCAUGACGGUGGAACCUGGGUUCGGCGGGCAGAAGUUUAUGGCGUCGGAGCUGCCCAAGGUGCAGGCGCUGCGGGAGAAGUACCCGGACCUCAACAUCGAGGUGGACGGGGGCCUGGGCCCGGGCACGAUCGACCAGGCGGCCGACGCGGGCGCCAACGUCAUCGUAGCCGGCAGCGCCGUGUUCGGCGCCAAGGACCCGGCCGAGGUCAUAUCCCUGCUGCGGACGGCGGUGGACCAGAGGUCGGCCGGCAAGCUAUGACGGAAGGAGAGGCGACGGGGUUUGCGGUGGCAGCGCAAGGCAAGGCGAAGAAGGAGAGGAGAAGGGAGUGGGAACCGGAGAAAGGGCUACGGGAUGUCUACGGGACUAGCAAUGCGCGAGAUCGUAAAUCCUCUUCCUCCAAAGGGGUACGCGGCGGUCCGGCCGACCCAUCGUCAUCACCCGCCCCGCCGCAGAGAACGAACGAUCUAGACCAAGUUAAUCAUUAUCUCCCCGUCUAUACAUAAACAAAAUAUCGGCUAUCUGCGUGCGCGAGUACUGCGUAGUCCCUUGCUACCCCGGAUCUCAAAUUCGUCUGCCUUGCUGAGCGCGUAGGGAUAACCCCCCAAACCUAUUUAGUUUCUUGUUGCGCCAUGGCCGUUCUCGGCGUGCGAUCCUUACCCCCGAGAAUGGUUCUUUUAGGAGGUACGCGUAUAGGCGUCUGUACUAGAGGGGUAAAGGGGGAAAGGGAGGAGUGGGAUUCAAUGCUGCGGCGGCGAUACUCUCCUGCCGAACGCUGUACCCCCUUUAUUAUUUGGUAG